AUGAUAUUUGCUCGCGUGGCACACACUCGAGGCCAAGAUACGAGUGCUAUGGAGGCACUUGCCUAUAAACAUUAUGUAACUAGCCUCCUGGCCGCUGCAGCGGGUGGCAACACCAACGCAGAAGCGGCUGCUGCCACGCUUUCAAAGGCACUGGCUGCUUCCAUUGGGAUCGUUGGCACUUCAGCUACUACGACAUCUAGCAGUAGUGGCAAUGGUGCUUCUCCAGCCUCAACUCCUUCACCGGUGGUCAGUUCCGCUCCUAACGCUUUCUCGGCUACUUCAUUAGCAUCCUCUGGAGCCACGUCUUCUUCCGUUUCAUCCGGUCCCGUUCCUUCUACUUCUCAGGUUCUAGUCGAUUUUUUUACUACAUUUUUCUAA